CAUCACCAGAAGAAACAACGGAUUACAUACUGAAAGGUCUCACAGUGUCCCGACAUAGAGACAUGUGCAGCAACAUGUCGGCCUACCAUAACGCUGUCAGCUGUACCCUUGCUGUCCUGACACAGUGCAGUCCGUCCAAGCGACACCUGUUUGCUGACCCCCAUUCUACCACUCUCGGAAUGACCUCAUUUUGCGAACACAAGGAUUUUGAUAAAUUUGCCUCCGGUUGUGUGAUGAACGCCGACCAGAGCACCUGUGAGAAAUGGAUGGUUAAUUCCAGCACGCCCGAGCAAAUAUGCAGUAUCAUCCAAACCAUCACCGACUGCAUGAAAGCCUCUGUGGAAUCCUGUGGUCCAAGCACUGCUGAACUGUACACGCACCUGCUGUCAUCCCAGGUCCCCGCCCCCUGUGUGCAGGGGGGAAGGACGACCACACCCGUCCCCAAGAGCCGGGCUGGCAAACGUGUGGCUUCAAUGUUAAUGACAGUACUCGCACUUAUAUAUUCGAGAGUUGGAGUAUUUCAGGGGUGAAACCCGAACAAUCUGAAUGUGGACUUUCUUUUGUACUAUUUUCUUUUAGUUUCUUAAAAUACGUUACAAACUCAACACAUACAAAUUUGACAACGUGUCAAGGGGCUUU